AUGCUGAAGAGGAAGUUACGGUUUUGCCACAACUCGCGAUUCAGGCUUUUCUUGGGUCUAACUCUUAUUUUAGUAAUCAUUUCAGUUUUGAAAGUGAACCAGAAACAAGACUUCUUAAAUCAGAGACAUCUUGAGCUGACAGAAGAAGAUCCUAUCGGCAAUGUUAACUGCACCAAGAUUAUAGAGGGGGAUAUGGAAGAAAUUCAAAAGGUAAAGCUUGAGACAUUGUCAGUGUCAUUUAAGAAACGCCCCAGACUAACAACAAGUGAUUAUAUUAACAUGACAGCAGAUUGUGCCUCCUUCACCAAGACCAGGAAAUACAUUAUGGAACCUCUCAGCAAUGAAGAAGCAGAAUUUCCAAUUGCUUACUCAAUAGUGGUUUAUCACAAAAUUGAGAUGCUUGAUAGGCUUCUAAGAUCAGUCUAUGCCCCUCAGAAUUUUUACUGCAUUCAUGUUGACAAAAAGUCUCCAGAAUCUUUUUUUGCUGCUGUGAAGGGAAUAGUCUCAUGUUUUGACAAUGUCUUUAUUUCCAGCCAGUUAGAGAGUGUUGUAUAUGCUUCAUGGAGCAGGGUGCAGGCAGACAUUAACUGCAUGAAAGAUCUCUACAGAAGAAGUUCCAACUGGAAAUACCUAAUAAACCUCUGUGGCAUGGACUUUCCUAUUAAGACCAACCAGGAAAUAGUAGAGAAAUUAAAAGCACUUAAAGGUGAAAACAGCUUGGAAACAGAAAAAAUGCCUGUUUUUAAAGAAGCAAGGUGGAAGAAACACCACGAGAUUAUUGAUGGUAAAAUAAAGAACACGGGCAUAGACAAACAACUGCCACCUCUCAGUACUCCAAUUUUUUCUGGUAGUGCCUAUUUUGUAGUUACCAGAAGAUUUGUAGAAUUCGUAUUAGAAAGCCGCAAAAUACUGAAGUUCAUUGAGUGGGCAAAAGACACUUACAGCCCAGAUGAGUACCUGUGGGCAACAAUUCAGAGAAUCCCUGAAGUCCCAGGUGCAGUUUCUUCUAGUGACAAGUACGAUGUUUCUGACAUGAAUGCACUGGCCAGGUUUGUCAAGUGGCAGUACUUUGAAGGUGAUAUGUCCAAAGGUGCACCCUACCCACCAUGCAGUGGAAUUCAUGUUCGCUCUGUCUGUGUUUUUGGGGUAGGAGACCUGAACUGGAUGCUAAAAAACCACCACUUCUUUGCUAAUAAGUUUGACACUGACGUUGACCCUUUUGCAGUAAAAUGUUUGGAAGAGUAUUUGCGACACAAAGCUUUGUAUCUGCAAAAGAACUGA